AUGCCGACGCAGAACCAGCACAGGCUUGCUGUAGCUAUGGACUUCAGCGGACCGCCCUACGACAUUCAUACAAACAAAAAGCAUCGAAAGAAGAGCUAUCGAUUUGACUUUGAGGACGAAGCCACUCACAAACCAAUGCCCUUUGACGAAAAACGCCAGCUUAGCUUGGAUUUGGAAAAACUACCAGCAGACAAACUCAGUAUCGUAGUUAGUAUCAUCGAGAGCAGGGAAGGUCUAUCUGAUGAUAAAGCAAAAGAAGUGGAGAUUGAUCUCGAGGCUUUGAAACCGUAA